AGUACUCUUAAGUGGUUUGCAAACUGCCAAUAAACCAAACCGGUUCAAGAACCAUUCUUGUGCUUUUCUGGUGCUUAACUGGUUCUUCUCUGGUCUUAUCUGGUCCGCCCAAUGCUGCUCUUCUGAGAGCAACCGCUCUGACCGCUCUCUCUAGUCUCUACUGGGAAACAGCUAAAAGUCCUUCUGGAGGCUUUGCAUUUGAACUCCUAUGACUGGUUGCGGACUUGAAGGGAACGCCUUCCUGACAUCCAGGAAAAAGUUUUAUUGGACAGGCAGUAGAGAUCUACUGGAAACAGUGGAGAGGGAGGAGAUGAUAUGCAGCAUACGGCCCAGCCGGAUGGUUGCUGCUCCGUGUGGAACGUGUCCUAUCAGGUGUAACAUCUACCAAUGGUUGUACAUAACAGAGACCUCCUCCACCUCUUUGCUGUCUUACUAGUCAAUCCUUCUGAUCAGGUCCUUUCCUAAAUAGUGAAAGGAUCAUGCCAGCCCACAUCAAACACCUGAUCAAGAGCACUGCUGCAGACACCUGUGUGAUAUUCCACUCUGACUGGAACCCUCAAAAUGACCUGCAGGCUCAAGCUCGGUGUCAUCGUUUUGGCCAGUCUAAGGCGGUGAAGGUGUACCAUCUGAUCACUAGAAACUAUGAGAGGGAAAUGCUGGAUAAAGCUAGUCUGAAGCUCGGGCUGGACCGUCAACAACAACGGGCCGGUCCAGCAGUUCUCCAAGAAGGAGAUCGAGGACCUGCUGAGGAAAGGAGCCUACGCCACCAUCAUGGACGAGAACGACGAAGGCAAUCGCUUCUGCUAGGAGGACAUCGACCAGAUCCUGCAGCGAAGAGCCACCAUCAUCACCAUCACCAGUUUGCUUCAAGCAGUGGCUGUACGAGAAAGACGUGGAGGACCAAGAAAUGCUGGAACCGGAAGACCGGAAGAUACAUAACAGAGAAGAUAAUGGAUAUUAACAAGAAAAAGAAAACAAAUGUUUAUAAUUUCUUUGUUGCGGUUUACAUUUUGAAUUAUAUUUGAAUCAAAUGCAUCUAUUUUAGAUGAUAUAUUUAUUUAG